CUGAGGAGGUUCCGCCUUUAACUUGGUUAAACGAACAAUUUUUUUUUUUUUUUUUUUUUUUUUUUGUGGGGGGGGGUGGUGGGGGGGGGGGGGGGGGGGGGGGGGUGGGGGUGGAAGGGGGUUUGGGGAGGGGGGGGGGGGGGGGGGGGGGGGGGUUAAGGGAUUACAGGGGUGGAAUAGCCGCAUCACUAACCGGCAUCGAAUACCCACGACCUUUUUUGGUACCUGAGUUCUGCAAGGAUCAAUGCCAUCAACUCCGGCAUGUGAGGAAGGACGUAAAGCAACCGGGACUGGCGCCCGGAAUACUUGAUGCGCAAGACCGUCCGUCACCCAAUCCUGGAAUGCAAGAGACUCUGCCUGCCAAAGAAACCCGACCCAGAACGUCCUCCCAAGACCGCUCUAAAUUCUACCUGCUCUAG